AAUCAAACUCGACUUCCUGAAAAAGUUUUGUGAAAGUUUUAUUCUCUUAUUUGUAUUAUAUUUAGGUGUUUAUACAUUACUAUAGAAUGGGCUGAGACAGAAUUUGGAUUCAGAAUGGCACAAACAGUCGGAACACAAAAUAAGAGCGACAGUCGACUAAACCGGCUUAGUGAAGAAAGCUUACAACAACCCCCAGAGAAAGUAUUUGACCUGCUUGGGAAGCUUGGCGAGGGGUCAUAUGGCAGCGUUUACAAGGCUCUCCACAAGGAGUCAGGUCAGGUCCUGGCCAUCAAACAAGUCCCUGUAGACUCGGAUCUGCAGGAAAUCAUCAAAGAAAUCUCAAUUAUGCAACAGUGUGACAGUCCAUACAUUGUGAAGUAUUAUGGCAGCUAUUUUAAAGAGACUGAUCUAUGGAUCGUUAUGGAGUAUUGUGGCGCUGGUUCUGUCUCUGAUCUGAUGAGGCUACGUAAUAAAACACUAACAGAAGAUGAAAUCGCAACUGUAUUAUCAUACACGCUCAAAGGACUUGAAUAUUUACAUGAAAGGCGAAAAAUUCAUAGAGACAUUAAAGCAGGCAAUAUCUUACUUAAUACUGAAGGCCAGGCAAAACUAGCUGAUUUUGGUGUCGCAGGACAGUUAACAGACACAAUGGCAAAGCGCAACACUGUGAUAGGGACCCCUUACUGGAUGGCCCCAGAAGUCAUUCAAGAAAUAGGAUAUGACUGUGUCGCUGAUAUUUGGAGUUUAGGUAUUACAUCUCUGGAGAUGGCAGAGGGGAAGCCACCCUAUGCUGACAUACAUCCCAUGAGGGCAAUAUUUAUGAUACCUACCAAACCUCCACCAUCAUUUAGAAACCCGAACAAAUGGUCACCAGAGUUUAUAGACUUUGUCUCAGUAUGUCUUGUAAAGGACCCAGAGAAGAGGGCCUCUGCCAAAGAAUUGUUACUUCAUGAUUUCAUCAAACGUGCCAAACCUGUCUCUAUGCUACAGAAACUCUUACAAGAGGCCAGGGAAAUACAAGAAGCUCAAUUGCUAGAGAAUGAGCAAGAAUCUGAUGAAGAGACUGACACAGGCACAAUGGUGAAGGGGAACCCAGACUCAGGAACCAUGAUAGCUCACAAAAAUGAAACUGGGACUAUGGUGCCAAGUGGGGACAGUGGUACAGUGGGAGUUAACAGUGAAAGUAACACAAUGACAUCCAUAGACUCUGAGAUAGGAACUAUGGUAAUCAACGAAGACAGUGAAGAUGAUGAGGCAACCAUGAAAAGACAUGACACAGAGAAUGCAAAGAGCAAAUACCGCCCAGCUUAUUUGGACCACUUUGAAAGGCAAGAACGGGAACAGUCCCCCCAGCAAGCAGUGCAACCCCCACCAGUGCAACCUUCUCCACCAGUCAGUACCCCCCAGCCAGCCCCUACUCCUCCCCCACAGAAGCAAGCCCUACCCCCCAGUGGACCUUUAUUUCAGAGGAAUUUUAUCGAAGGGGACUUUGAUUUUAUUACGAAUAUGAGUUUAGAAGAGUUAGAACAAAGAAUAGCAAGCCUAGAUCCAGAAAUGGAGCGUGAGAUUGAGGAACUUCAUAAACGAUAUCAUGCCAAGAGGCAACCAAUUCAUGACGCUAUAGAAGCUAAGAAGAAAAGACAACAAAACUUCUAGUACAUGUGCUUUUAAUAAAUAUGUUGCUAGCAAUCAUUGAGCUUCUUGUGUGAUGUGGAUGUAGAGCAAUCCUGAAUCCUCAAUCUGGAUUUAGAG